UGUCGUGUGCUUCAUGGUUUCAACCCUGGCAAUUUGCUAUUCUUUCAUUUACUUCAGUGUGUUAAUAUUCCUUCCUUUUCUUCUUUCCUUCCCUCCAGAGCAAGGUGUUUCUGCCACGAAGCUUAACUUGGUUUGUGGCCUUGUCUAAAAAGUGGAACUGUAAUAGCAGUCUAGUUCUCUGGAAAUGAAAAUGUCUCUUUUUAUCACAUUCUGUAGGAUUUUCAUCUCUUUAGUAUGUGCCAAAUGUGAAAUUAAUUGGCUUUGCAAGUGAUCACUAAUCUUCUUUCUCAUAGUACUUAAUGCAAUUCAUAGGCAUUUUAUUAAGACAAAUACCAUUAUGCUAACAAGAAAUUUGAACAUAUGCAUUUUUGAAAAUGUUGUAAAACUGUUAUACACCACAACUCUUCUGUCCACCCUCUUAAGGAGCCCAUGGAUGCACGGGAAAUACUGGUAGUUUUCAAUAACCAAGGAGAGCAGUUGGGAAGGUGUAUUUUUUUGAUAUGGAGGAAUUUAUUGAUUUUGUCUAAUAGUAAAUACCAUGUGAAUAGUUCCGUUGGGUUUGGUGUCACUACUCGUGCAUAAAUAACACCACAUGCCUUAUUGCUUUCCUCGGUUUAAAGUCCAGAACUGCAUCUUUGUGGGUAUAUUCUACUCUAGACCCACUAAAAAGCGCAUGGUAUCUUGACCCUGUAAUUGGGGAGCAUGCUGAAGCAUUAAAGUCCAACUUAGAAAAACUUCUUUGAGCUGUUUCCCCUUGAUAAUUUCAAAGUACAUGUUUUACGUAGGAGAAAGUGAACGGGGGAAAAAAGACAACAUCUGACUUUCUCUAUAGGGGCAAGUCUCCAGUGUUUUUGCUCUUGCCUUACUUUCUUACUGGUAUGUACAUUGCCCACAAUUAGGUAACCUACAGACUACGUCAGUUUAAAAUUGAGAUGAGUCUUGAAGUAAGGCCACAUGCAUUUGGAUUCUGUGACUUGAUGACCAUAAGCUUUAAGGUGGCAUUUUGUGUAGGCAAGAUUCAUGGUGAUCAUUUUUUAUCCCCCUGCCACCCAAAAUAAUCACCUUUUAUUUUCAUCAAGUGUUUGCCACUGAUUCUGGAGUGCAAGAAGGUUUGCAGUACAUGAAAGUAGGCACAAAUGCAGUCUGUACUGCUUACCUUCAAAAUUUAAUCAGUUUGACAGAAAAGAUUGUUAUGGCUUUUUUUAAAUGAAAUUUAGGUUUCUUCUGCACAGAAAAUUCUCCUGGAUAAGCUGAAGUGGCAGUUCAUGUACCAGUACAACUGCUUAUUUUGUUUUCUUGUCCAACAUUACUCCUUUUCUGAUAGCUUGUAUUUCUUUGGGUAGCUUCCACCCUGCAAUGAAUGUGCAUUGAACCAUUUUGCAGUUACCAUGGUGGUAGAGCCAUGUCCUUAGCCUUGAACAGCUUAUAGCCUGACAGUGUGUUAACUAGCGUGUACAGUGUUUAAUCUUUCCUCCUUACAUCUUCCUGAGUGCACAGAUACAUGAUUAAGAUACCAUUUGGCAACUAGUCAGCUUUAAUUGCUCAUGGUGUAUGCAGAGUAAUGUGUUCUGGGUUUUUUUUAAUUUUUUUUUUUUUUUAGCCUAACCCUCUUAUUGCAGGUUAAGCUGUGCUUGCAGACAGUUACUGCAACUUAGCUGCCUUAUAAUAAACUGUUUAAACCACUGUAAUUUCGUCAUGUGGCUGGACCAUCAGACAUAAGGCGUUUAAGCACCACCUAAAAGGAAUCGUCAUUUAAAAGCAUCACAAAUAUUGUGAAAGGAAUGAGGAGUCUGCGAGAAAUACUACGGACUGUGGAAACAAAAGCUACUCAGACCUUCAAAAUGACUGCAGCUAAACAGCUAGCCCAAGUACUUCUCCAUUCCCUCAGUGAAGACUGUUACUGGAGCCCUUUAUCUGAUCCGCUUCCUGAGUUCAUGAACAAGGAAUAUCAGUCGUAUGUUAGCAAUCUUCUUUGUCGGAGGCCUGAGCUGUACACAGAAGAGAAUGUGUACUGCCCUCAAGACAACGUAGAAGAGGCUCUUCUUCUCCUCUUAAUCAGUGAAUCCAUGGCAAACCGGGACGCAGUGAUCAGCCGAGCCCCAGACCAGCAGGAUGACCGAGCCGUCAGCCUCCAGGAUGCCUCUGCAGUCUACGACCUCCUCAGCAUCACGCUGGGCAGAAGAGGGCAGUAUGUGAUGCUGUCUGAGUGCUUGGAGAGAGCCAUGAAGUUUGCAUUUGAUGAGUUUCACCUCUGGUACCAGCUUGCCCUGUCCAUGGUAGCUUGUGGAAAGUCGGCAUAUGCUGUGUCAGUGCUCAAAGAAUGUGCUAAACUGCGACCUACGGAUCCCACCGUUCCUCUUCUGGCUGCCAAGGUCUGCAUUGGGUCGCUGCACUGGCUGGAAGAAGGAGAACACUUUGCUAAAAUGGUGAUAGACCUGGGUGAGGAUGCCGGAGAGUCCCUAGCAAAGGGUUACUUGGCACUGGGCCUGACAUACAGUCUUCAAGCUACUGAUGCUAUUCUGAAGGGCACUCAGGAUGAAUUAAACAAGAAAGCACUUCAGACUCUGGAGAGAGCACGGGACUUGGCCCCAGAAGAUCACCAAAUCAUCCUCUACCUAUCUCUGCAGCUGGCUCUUGUCAGACAGAUUUCAGAUGCUAUAGACCAUCUUCAAGAAGCCCUGCAACUGUGCAAAGAUGACAUGAAUUCACUUCAUCUACUGGCCCUCCUCUUUUCAGCUCAGAAGCACUAUCAGCAUGCGCUGGAUGUUAUAAACAUGGCUGUUGCUGAAUACCCAGAAAGCUUUAGCUUACUCUUCACCAAAGUAAAACUGGAAUGGAUACAUAAAGGACCUGAAGAGGCUCUGAUGACAUGCAGACGUAUGUUGCAGAUGUGGCAGAUGGUAUAUAAUGUUUCACAGCACAGUGGCUCUGAGAAAUGCAGUAGUGUGACCGAAACACCAGUGAUCAAAAGGCAUAAUGGACUGCAUCUCACUCUCCCAGAUGCUCAUGAUAUCGAUUCUGGGUCACAACGAGCCUCUUCCCUUGCUGCAUCGAGACUGGAACAGGCCAUGUCUGAAAUAACUAUGCAGAGCAGCACAAUGAAGCAGGGACCUAUGCAAUUGUGGACAACUCUUGAACAAAUUUGGCUACAAGCUGCUGAACUCUUCAUGGAACAGCAGCAUCUCAAAGAAGCAGGCUUUUGUAUCCAGGAGGCAGCUAGUCUUUUCCCCACGUCUCAUGCUGUACUGUACAUGCGUGGGAGGUUUGCAGAGAUGAAAGGCAAUUUGGAGGAGGCUAAGCAAUUGUAUGAUGAAGCGCUCACAGUGAAUCCAGCUGGAGUGGAAAUUAUGAACAGCCUGGGCCUGGUGCUGAGCAGACUUGGGCGGAGGGAACUGGCCCAGAAAGUCCUCAGAGAUGCCAUCCAUAUCCAGACCACCAGCCACAUUGCCUGGAACAGCCUUGGAGAGGUCUUGCAAGCUCAGGGGAAAAACGAAGCAGCCAUCGAGUGCUUCCUUACUGCACUGGACCUUGAAUCCACCAGUCCUGUCAUUCCAUUCACUGUCAUACCCAGGGAGCUCUGAAGCUUUUCCCUGCAGCUAAGCACCUUCGUUCCCUGGACAGACACCAAAACCAAAUAAAUAAACAAAGAAAAAGCCCAACAGAAAAGUGCCAUUGUAACCUGGAAAUGGGACAAGUAAUUCCAGGAUGGGGCUCAGGUCUACAUGCUUAGCUGAGACAAGCUGAACUGUAGAAGAAUUUGCAACACGCAGAAAUAGAGAAUGCCUUUUUCUUCACAGGUGCCUGGCUAACCUCCUGUUAAAGUUAGUAUCAAGGCUUAUUUCAAAGUUUUGGUUUAAGGUGACUGUAGAAAGAUCAUGCCAGGGUACAGCUGUUCAAAGCACUUGCACCUUCAGUGUUCAUUAAAGAUGAUAAAACCCCAAGCCCUGAAUUAAAGCCCAGACCUGCUCUAAACAGGAGUAAAUGCACCAACUAAUUUGACCAUGUUGUGCUUAAACAUGUGGCUGCUUCCCCACAGAUCUGACAGGACAAGAAUGACAAUUGCACCAAAUAGACAUGUAGUAUAUGCUGUUCACAAAAUUAUUUCAGCUAUUUUGAUAAUCCUUUUUCCUGCCUUGCUUUUAUAUGCUGCAUAUGCUCACUGUAUUUAGUGUAGCACUUGCCUAGACCAAUUUAAAUUAAAAAUACUUAUUUUUUAGAAAAGCUAAUAUUGCAGUGUAAUUCACAAAAGCAGAAAGACCAAAGACCAAAUCAGUUCACACUUGAACUAGUAUUAAAAACAUAUAUGUAUCUCCACUUACAUAUUUAUUGAAAGGCUUUUACAUGAAGUAGCUAACUCUAAACUUCAUUCUUAUUAAUCACCUCUUGCAUCACUUUUAGUGAGGAAUAUAGCGUUUACCAUUAUAUAGUGACUGAACUCUGUACUCUACUGCAUUACCAUUCCUGGCACAAAACAUUUUCAUAUCCAUCUUUUCAUGAUACAAAAGAUGCCAGCAGUCUCUUAAGGGAAAGUAUGCUGAAGGCAGUGUGUGUAUAUAUGAAUUACUUCUUUCUUGAAACUAAAUCUUUGGAUUGUCCUUAGAAAUUUCACAUGAGAGGUAUGGAGUUGAGCCUUCAGCGGAGCGGGAUCAAUUUGCGUAUCGUAUCAGAUGUAAGAGUGAAGAGCUUCUAAUCCGCACAGCCUCCCCAUGGCUGGCACAGCCAGGGCAGGGGACACAGCUGGCAAUACCCCCUGCUAAGCUGCUCCUUAGCUCUGCUUGACCUCCCUGGGGCCUUGGCAGCAUGGUGGAGCUGUACCGUGCUGUCACACGACCCAUGGGAGACAGCCCUGUCCAGACCAGUCCCAAGAUAAAGAUGAUGCAGAAAUUUGCUGCAGGCACUUUUCUACCAAAAAAAAAAAAAAAAAAAAGUUGGGGCUUUGCGCCUAUUUUCAUCCAAAGAAGAUUUGUGACUAUUUCAUAAGUAAGUUUGCACUAAAACACACCUUGUACUAUAAUUCCGCCCAGUAUUGUGAUCCUUAACUAGUUCACUCUGGAAAUAAUAAUAUCCUUAGGCAAUAAAUGAAUUAGGGUUAUUUCUUAAAGAGCCUGAGGCUCUGGCAGCAGACUUGAAGUCAGCGUUGUUUACAAUUAUUUGGAAAUCUGCGGGGUAAUGGAGAGUUAGGCCCUUGCAGUACUCCCAGACCACAGCAUGGCAGAGCUCCUGCCCCCAGCCUUCCCUCAAGAUGCGCUCACCAAGGGAAUUACACUGUUCUCAGGUUUCUCUCAGCAGCCUGGUGCAAUGCCAGGCCAAUAUUUUUAGUUUUUCCCAUUAAAUCAUCCUGGUGCAAUAGCCCAGAUUAUUUAUCUAUUCAUCGAGGGAUUCCAGGUCUGAUCUAGGCUGGUUUCAAUCCAGGUGAAAGUAGCCCAGCCAUGAAAAGGUGCUUGGCCCAUGAGUUCUCUUGCUUUCCAGUACCACACAGGCACCAAAACUGACUUUUUUGGGCCAGAGGCAGGUUUCCAAGGAGACAGUGUUACCCGGACACAUUUCUUGUUUGCAAUAGCACCAGCAGCAGAGGAAAGAGUAGGUGUUAAAGUACCAGAAUUUAAUGAUUUUCAUGAAGACAAAAAGACACAGCCGAGACUUAUUUUGGUGUGAAGGAUGCUAUGAGGUCGUCUUGCUCUGCACUGCAGGUGGGAAAGAGGGAAGGGGAGGGGUAGAGAUGCUGCUGUUGGCAUAAUAUGCAAAUUGUUACCCAGGUGUUUUAAACCCACUUCCACAGUCAGAUGCAAUCUGACAAUACACUUAAGUAGAGACAGAUAUAGAUACAUGUUAUAUUCUGGUAUUUGUUCUGCUCCACAGUUUCCAGGGUGGAAGCAAACCUUUUGUGUAAGACAGAAAAAAAGAGUCAGUGUGGUCCAACAUCACCGAUCCGUUGUGCAAUGUAUAUUUGUAAAGCACUGCCAUAGCAACUCCUGUGUACUGGACAGCUAUUUGAGUACAAAAAGCUAUGCAUCCAUGACCAAGGAACUGCUUUAAGAGGUCUGUAACAUAGCUGGUCUCUGACCUGGCAGGAGGGUGCCUGUUUCCCAGCAGCGGCUGAAAAGCAAACACUUAUAGACCCAUUUACUUCUGUAUGUGUAGCUUGUAAACAGCCACCAGCCCAUCAUGUUUGUUGCUAUCUGGCAAACUUCAUUCUGGCAAUAAUCAGACUUGCCACAACAGUCAUCUUCCUAGGAGAGGGGCAAACAUUCACGAAUACUUUGAGUGUGUCAACAACUCAGAUGUUGCCAGUGUGGUCCCAUCUUUCUCAAGUGCAUUAACGAGUGUUACUGGCAUUUGAAUUGCAGUCCUGAGAGCCUCUGCUCCAGGAAGAUGUACAUGAGUAAAGGCCAUCAGCAUCAACAGGAAUCACCAUGGGUAAGGUACCCUUUACCAGCACACCACACCACAGCACCUGCAGACAAAGUGCUUUGCAUGCAUACUGACCUUAAUCCCGAGAUUUGCUGCGUGCUUCCCAGGGGAUACAGAAUGCCUGUUGGCUGGAGGGGUGUUGUAUUGGCCUGAAAUGCUCUGUACAGUGCAGGAAAGAAAGAGGUUGUUGCAGACUUACAAGUAUUUUGGGGGUAAAUCCUCUAGCUAUCUUUGUUACUCGUGCUUACCAAAACAGAAUUGUUCCCAAGCUUACAUGCUACCUCUCUUAUUCAGCAUGGAUUUUGCUCACACUUCCAGAUACAGAAAAACAAAGACAACUAUUUCAGACAAGCCUAUGUAUUGUGAUAUUUAUUUAGAUAGCAACAUUGAUAAAUCUGAUAGAAUUACUUGUCUGAGCUCAGUAAUACUUCUUUGUGUGGCAGGAAACCUGGCAUGUUUAAUACUCAGGGUUUGAAAUUUAAGAACACAAGAUUUACAUGCCAUCCCUCAUGAUUAUUACAGUUCAUAAGUAAUGGAAGUUUGGGGAACAAUAAGUUUGGGGAACCAAUUCUCUGAGUUUUAGCACAGACUUGAAUCCAACAGUUUUGUCAUUCAUUAGUUUUGAAAGAGGGAGAUUAAAAAAACCACUGCCUAAAGGAUCAGGUUCCUCUUGUUCCACCACAAAGUUAUUUUCCUUUUUGUUGGCAGGGUGCAUACAAAAAGAAAAAUAAUUACCUUCUAUUUUCCUGUUGUGCAGUAAAGGAGUAGUAUGUGCUGUUGCCUUUGGCCAACAAGAAUAUUGUAAAAAAAAUUAUUCUGCCUCCAGGAUAACAGAAGGAGAAGCCAAACAGGACAGGGAACAGCUCCCCUGUAAAGUGGAGCUUUACACUGUGUAAAGUGUCAUUAGCUCCAUUGGAGCAGUUGGUAGUUAGGAGCAUUUCCUCCAGCUGAGGAUCUGCCCACCCAUGUAUUCAUUCCGUACAGGGAGUACAACAGAGCUGCAAACUCCUGCGCCGCACAAGUACCCCAGUCCGUUUCUAUUGGUAACAGUUCAUGCUACUGAUUAUCACAAUGCUUCAGAAGUGCUAAUUAUCUUUUCUUGGUAAUGACUAAUAAAUCCAAACGGAGAACA